GCAGCCCGCUCCGCCCCAAGCCGGCGGCUGGGUACGAAUGACAGCGGCGGCAGCCACUGAGAUCCCGCAAACGGGGCGGCUCCAUCCGCAGAGACGGCCGGAAGCGGGUUUGGGCACCUGCGGGCAGGGCGAGAUGGCGCAGAGGUUGGCGCUCCGUCGGCUGCUGGCGGUCCCCGGAAGGGCCUUGGGCACCUCCGCGGGCCGCCCGAGCGCCUUCAACGUGCAGGACGGCGGCGACUUCCAGGAGCGGGUGGUCAACAGCGCCAAGCCCGUCGUGGUGGACUUCCACGCGCAGUGGUGCGGUCCCUGCAAGAUCCUAGGCCCCAGGUUAGAGAAGAUGGUGGCCAAGCAGGAGGGGAAGGUGGUGAUGGCCAAAGUGGACAUCGAUGAUCACACAGACCUUGCCAUUGAGUACGAGGUGUCGGCAGUGCCAACCGUGCUGGCUAUGAAGAACGGAGACGUUGUGGAUAAGUUUGUGGGGAUAAAGGACGAGGAUCAGCUGGAAGCAUUCCUCAAGAAACUCAUCGGAGCCUGAAGUAAAAUGGUGGCUGUACCUCUGCCUCCCGCUGUGUCCAUGUUGUGCAUUCCUUGCCUGGGAGAGCUGAGGGGCACGUGGGCUGCCUGCCUUGUACAGCCUGGGGUUUUCUUUUGUUUGGGGGUUUUUAGGAGAUGGACAGUGUUGUAACCCUUCCUUCCUGCUCCCCCCUUCUCUCGAGCAGCAGUAGUUGUAAAGAGUGUCGAGGAGCAGGGCUGCUUUUUCUCAAAAUGGGGAAUGUGGCUGGGAUCAGGAGCCCACGUUUAUCAGCAAAGAGAUGACGUGUAGAACUGCUGCUGAGCUAAGAGGAGGAAUGUCUCUCCUUCGCCUAGCAUCUGAUAGCCCAGAGCAGAGGGCAGCUGCUCCCUACAACAUGUGGGUGCCUAUCUGCCCUGGGCGGGUUUGUUUAAAGCUGGGAAUGCCUCUGCCUUGUCUGUGAAACCUGUGUUUUUAUCCCGCUGUCCUCACGUCCCUGGGGCAGGUACAAAUGCUCUGCAAAGCCUCAGACUCCUCUCAUAAUUUCAUAAGAGAAAAUAGAAGUAUUUUAUGGAUCUCCUUUUUUGUAGGUCUGUAAUAAAGAGAACUUUAUUGUCACUUCUGUUUAGCUGGAGAAUAAAAGUUGAUUCUCUGAAAUCA